UCAAGACAGAACGUUGAGUUUCAUAUGUUCCUUCUCUUUUCCAUCUCAUCUUCUCCCAUAUAAAUUCUCUCCCCACAAACCCCAUCGCCAACCUCAACUUUUCUCUCUGCUAUUUUCAUCAAAAUCUUCCCACACACAAAUCUCCAUUGAUGGCGAAACCUUUACUAAUUCUUCUCUUCAUUGUAUUAUUAUCUCACUCUUCUUUAUCAUCGGCUAGGCCACUUCUCGACUUCGCGCUGCAAGCCAUCGAUAAUGGAGAACCUGCAGCAGCGGCCUACAGUCUCGCUCUUCCAAGGGACAAAGUAAACAGCUUAGAGAAAGAAGAUGACGCAAAUAAUGGUGAAGUUAGUAAAGUACCAUGCCAUAGCAAGGCACCCGGAACGAAUAUGAAGAAUUCGGACAAGGAAAUUUCGGCGUUGUCUCAAAGAAUUUCGGCGAAAUAUCGGCCGUUGCUUUUGAAUAUUCUUCCGAAGGGGACGGUGCCACCGUCGGGGCCAAGCAAGGGAAAAAAUGACGUGAAGAAUUGAAGAUUAUUAAGUAUUAAUUAAUAGUAUAAUUCUUUUACAGAAACAUCAGUUUUGCCUUUUAUCCAGCUGAUUAUCAUGUGCAAAGACCAAUCAUACAAUUCAUAGUGGGAUAAUUAUUCACGUACUAUAAUAAUUAUCAGUUAGAUUACUAUAUUUUAAAUUUAUUUGUUUGAUCAAUAAAGAUAAAAUACUGUAUAAAAAAACUGUUUAUUUCUUGAUUAA